AUGUCUCAUACAGAGAUGACGCAAGCGGAGUCCUUUGGUGAACAUGAACAUAGGGGUGAUCUUGAUGGUGACAAAAAGCCUAGAAGCAAGAGACCAGCAAAUACUGCCUUCCGGCAACAGCGCUUGAAAGCCUGGCAACCAAUCUUAACACCAAAGAGUGUAUUGCCCCUUUUCUUCAUAGUUGGUGUUAUAUUCGCCCCCAUAGGUGGUCUUCUGUUGUGGGCCAGCUCUCAAGUAGAGGAAAUAGCCAUAGAUUAUUCAGAGUGUUACGAUAAAGCCCCGUGGAAUCAAUCGGCGCAAAUUCCACACGACGUCAAGUCGUCUUUCAAAUCUCACAAACCCGAUCAUCCAACAUGGGAGCGACACCGUGUUGGCGAUACUACUGUCUGUCGACUGAUCUUCGAGAUCCCCAAUGAUAUUGGACCGCCUGUGUUUAUGUAUUAUCGUCUGACAAACUUCUACCAGAAUCAUAGGAGAUAUGUGAAGUCUUUGGAUGUUGACCAACUAAAAGGGAAAGCUGUCGAUAAUAAGACCAUCGAUGGUGGCUCAUGCGACCCUCUGAAGCUUGAUCCAUCUGGAAAAGCUUAUUAUCCCUGUGGGCUUAUAGCAAACUCUCAGUUUAAUGAUACAAUCAAUAGUCCACAGCUUCUAAGUGUCGGUGACGAUCCUAAGACAUAUUUCAUGACUAAUAAAAGUAUUGCCUGGGAAAGUGAUAAGGAACUCAUCAAGACCACGAAGUAUAAGCCAGGACAGGUCGUUCCUCCUCCGAAUUGGCAUGAUCGUUACCCGAAUGGAUAUGAAGAUGGAAUCCCUGAUCUUCACGAAAACGAAGAAUUUAUGGUCUGGAUGAGGACGGCGGCGCUUCCAAAUUUCAGCAAGCUAUCCCGAAGAAAUGACACUACAUCAAUGACAAGGGGGACAUAUCAACUGGACAUUGCGCACCAUUUCCCAGUUACCGAGUAUGGAGGCACUAAAUCUAUACUUAUAUCCACAAGGACUGUGAUGGGCGGGCAAAAUCCGUUCAUGGGUAUUGCAUAUGUUGUUGUCGGUGGCGUCUGUGUUUUGCUGGGUACCCUGUUCACAAUUGCUCAUUUGAUCAGGCCUAGAAAACUCGGAGAUCAUACUUAUUUGACAUGGAAUAGUGAGCAAGAGAACACGGCGCCAGUAGCUACCGGAAGAGAUGCACGAUUUGGACCGCGGGUUGCAUAA